AUAGAGUGUGUUCAUUAUGAUGAGACACACUGCAGCAGUCGGUCAGUGUGUGUUUAGCUCUAAUUCUCUCUUUGGGUUAAUGUGUUGGUCCUCAGGAAGAAUGCAGGUGUGUUUUCUUCUCCUCCUCCUUAUACAGCUUCAUGUCACUGAAGGCUGCAGUCUGAAAGGAAAUAAAGAGACAGAAGAGAUCAUUGCAUACACAGGAGACUCAGUACUGCUGCCCUGCUCCUGCACUGAGCUCCACAGCAAACCUGAAACAUUCACAUGGAAGAAAUACACAAAUAACUGGGCACAGAUAUCUCCUGAGAGUGAUGAGUACAAAGAGAGAUUUCAGCUGGUUAAUGAUCACUCUUCAGGAAAUCUCUCUCUGCUCAUAUCACACCUGACUGAACAGGAUGGAGGAGAAUACAGGUGUGAUGUUAAUUGGGAUGAAUACAGAUACGUCAGACUCACUGUUAAAGGCUGCAGUCUGAAACGAAAUAAAGAGACAGAACAGAUCACUGCAUACACAGGAGACUCAGUACUGCUGCCCUGCUCCUGCACUGAGCUCCACAGCAAACCUGAGAUAUUCACAUGGGAGAAAAAUACAGAUGGAUAUAACUGGGCACAGAUAUCUCCUGAGAGUGAUGAGUACAAAAAGAGAUUUCAGCUGGUUAAUGAUCACUCUUCAGGAAAUCUCUCUCUGCUCAUAUCACACCUGACUGUACAGGAUGGAGGAUAUUACAGGUGUAAUGUUAAAGGGGAUGAAUACAGAUACAUCAGACUCACUGUUAAAGACUGCAGGCUGAAAGGAAAUGGAGAGACAGAAGAGAUCACUGCAUACACAGGAGACUCAGUACUGCUGCCCUGCUCCUGCACUGAGCUCCACAGCAAACCUGAGACAUUCACAUGGAAGAAAUACACAGAUGGAAAUAACUGGGCACAGAUAUCUCCUGAGAGUGAUGAGUACAAAGAGAGAUUUCAGCUGGUUAAUGAUCACUCUUCAGGAAAUCUCUCUCUGCUCAUAUCACACCUGACUGAACAGGAUGGAGGAGAUUACAGGUGUGAUGUUAAAGGGGGUGAAUACAGAGACGUCAGACUCACUGUUGCAGGCUGCAGGCUGAAAGAAAAAAGAUGGAUUGAGAUCACUGCAUACACAGGAGACUCAGUACUGCUGCCCUGCUCCUGCACUGAGCUCCACAGAAAACCUGAGACAUUCGCAUGGAAGAAAAGCACAGAUAAGUGGGCACAGAUAUCCCCUGAGUGUGAUGAGUACAAAGACAGAUUUCAGCUGGUUAAUGAUCACUCUUCAGGAAAUCUCUCUCUGCUCAUAUCACACCUGACUGAACAGGAUGGAGGAUAUUACAGGUGUGAUGUUAAAGGGGGUGAAUACAGAGACCUCAGACUCACUGUUAAAGGCUGCAGUCUGAAAGGAAAUAAAGAGACAGAACAGAUCACUGCAUACACAGGAGACUCAGUACUGCUGCCCUGCUCCUGCACUGAGCUCCACAGAAAACCUGAGACAUUCACAUGGGAGAAAAGAACAGCUGAAAACAGGAUUGUAAACAUAUCUACUGAGAGUGAUGAGUACAAAGAGAGAUUUCAGCUGGUUAAUGAUCAUUCUUCAGGAAAUCUCUCUCUGCUCAUAUCACACCUGACUGAACAGGAUGGAGGAGUUUACAGGUGUGAUGUUAAAGGGGAUGAAUACAGAGACAUCAGACUCACUGUUAAAGGUUGCAGACUGAAUCAACAGACAGUGGAUGUGACUGGAAUCGUGGGACAGUCUGUCCUUCUGCCCUGCUCCUGCUCUGAACUACAAGCCAAACCACACACUUUCAGAUGGAGCUUUGUUAAAGGAUCUGAUGUCAUAAAGAUCUUCCCAAAGGAGCAAACAAAUCUCUACACAGACAGAGUUCAGGUCUUUAAUGUUCAUCCUCCAGGAAAUCUCUCUCUACUCAUAUCACAGCUGACUGUAGAGGAUGGAGGAUUUUACAGGUGUGAGAUCGGGGAAAUGACUACAUACAUCUACCUUACAGUGAAAGAUUCUCUUAUCUACUUCCCUGUUGCCAUGGUAACUGUGUUAUUUCUGCAUAUUAUCGUGGCUGUGGUUUAUUGCACCACCAUAAAGAAAGGUUCUGGUACAGUCCAUUACAGCAAAGGUGAUGGAGAGGAAACAGUGAGUCUGCAGUAGAGAAGAACUCAAUUCACUGAUCCAU